UCACUAGGGUUUAAGCCCACUUCAUCCAAAUCCACCGCGCUCGAGAGUUACACCGGAAAUGCACUUCCAAUCCAUUCCCACCGCUCAUCGCCUCCCCCACCUCUCCCCUCUCCCCCGUUCUCCUCCUCCUCCUCCGCCUCCCUCCUCCUCUGCGAAAACCCUAAAACCUCUCCUCUCCACGAAGGCGCUCUCCCAUGGCGCAAACGGCGCGGCGUUGACUCCUCCCACUUCCGCGCUCCGGAGCUCGGGCGCGGUGGGGAGAACCGGGCUCGACCCGUUCCGGGGAAAGCCCGGUUCCGUCUCGUUCUGUGGAUUGACGCAUCAGGUGUUGGAGGAGAGGAAGUUGGUUUCUUCCCCCUUCGAGGAUGGUAAGGGUUCGGUGAUUUGGUUUUUGGGUCCCCUCGCGCUUAUCUCUUCGCUCGUGGUCCCCCAAUUCUUUCUCGGUAAUGCGAUUGAAGCGUUUCUACGAGAUGAGAUUCUCGCAGAGAUCAUUACGUCCUUCUUGUCAGAGAUCAUAUUCUAUGUUGGGCUAGCUUCAUUUCUAUCUAUUGCAGAUAAGGUACAGCGACCUUAUCUCGACUUUAGUCCAAAGCGAUGGAGCCUUAUAACGGGACUUCGAGGCUACCUCUCUUCUGCCUUUUUCACAAUGGGUUUUAAAGUUUUCGCUCCGCUCCUUGCGGCCUAUGUUGUUUGGCCUGUUGUUGGUCUUCCCGCCAUUAUUGCAGUUGCUCCAUUUCUAUUGAGUUGUGCUGCACAAUUCGCAUUUGAAAUGCAGCUUGAUAGACGCCGUUCUUCUUGUUGGCCUCUUUUGCCAAUCAUUUUUGAGGUAUAUAGGGUAUAUCAGUUAAAUAAAGGAGCACAUUUUGUUGAAAGAUUGAUGUUCUCAAUGAGGGGGUCCUCGAUCACACCUGCAUUAAUGGAAAGAAGUAGUGCUUUUGUUUCCAUGCUAGCUGUUCUCCAAAUCCUGGGUGUUGUUUGUUUGUGGUCCUUGAUGACUUUUCUUAUAAGACUUUUCCCUUCUAGACCUGUGGCUGAGAACUACUAAUCAUGGUACUUUACAACAGAAACUGCAGUCUGCAGAUGCGCAAAUGGCUGCUUAAUGCAGGUUGUGUUUUUUGUAUUAUGUCGUUGCUCCGACGCGAUCACGAUGUGUAAAAAAGGGAAAUAUAGAGAGUUUUCUUACACCUUAAUUCUUAAGCUCUUUCCAUAUAAUUAUUUCUUAUUGUAUUUUUUAUCUUUUUGAAUCCUGAAAACUUCUGAUGAGCUUUUGAUCAUGGACUGCUUAAUGAGGAAUUUCGAAAGUUUGCUUCUGCAUUUA